UUGUAGAUCAUGCGACCUCGCAACAUACUCACCUCGAUUUCUCCCAUGACGAGGCGACAUUGGGUUUGAAUUCCAGGCUCUGGAAUCUGCUGGCAAUAAUCAGGAGCUUCAACCAUUCGUGGUUCCAGUCUGGAAACAAGUUCUGGAACAGCCGUACCAGCAAUGCCUGGAGAUUCUUUCUCAACAAUUCGUACGAGUCGAUCGAAGGUUAGGUAGCUUGAUCUAAGGAAUCAUUGAUUCUUCGACCGUCUUUAGGCAUCCACACUCACUCCGCGUUGGAAGUCGAAGCGCCGAAGUGCGAGCUGACUUAGGCUGUCGCAAAUCAUCGCCGUUGCCUCGUCCGUCGCUCAUUGUCGUCGUGAUCGUCGCCUCUGUCGCACAAUGGCUGCAGAGGUGGCUGACGUCAGCGUGGGCGAUCUGCCUGAUGACGGCGAGGACCGGCGGGAGAUAGGGCAGCUGGCGGUGUGGAGUGUGAGCUCCGCCAAACCCGGCAAUGGCGUCGAACUGCUCAGAGACGGCAAGCCCGACACCUUCUGGCAGUCAGAUGGAGCACAGCCACAUCUAGUGAACAUUCAGUUUCAGAAGAAGGUCCGCUUGCAGCACGUGUCGCUGCACGUGGAUUUCAAGCUGGACGAGAGCUACACGCCUAACAAGGUGUCCAUCCGUGCAGGCAACUCCUUCCACGACGUCAAGGAGGUGAAGCUAGUGGAGCUGAACGAGCCAUCUGGAUGGGUGCACAUACCGCUGCGACCAAGCGAUGAUAAGGAGUACCUGCGGGCGUUCUACCUCCAGCUGGCAGUCAUUUCCAACCAUCAGAACGGCCGUGACACACACAUCAGGCAGAUCAACAUCUACGGCCCCAGGCAGAAUGUGGUGAGAGCAGUGGGAGUGCCCAUGGAGUUCAACACAGUGGAGUUCGGCAUGUAUGCUUCUGUCAGGUAGCAACGUUGAGCAACAUUGUAGAAUUGGCAGUGGAAAACAUUUGUUGGCCGCACUCAUUCCCGUAGAGACUGAAUUGCAGUACUGGAAGGUCCUCCUCCUAUCACUAGCAGUAUGGGCAUUUCUGUGCUGUAAGCACCGUAAAUCUGGGAUCCUAGUAAGGGUGUGAAGACUCCUUCUGAGGCUAUUAAUGCCAGCUGAAAGAAACGGGCAGUGCAAAA